AUGAGCAAGAAUAAGACGACGUCAACAGCCUGGGCAAGCAAGAAACAGGGUGGGGGCUCAUUAACAUCUGACCUCCUCACACCUCGGAGACCGUCUCCGGCGCCAACACAGAGCCAGUCGAAGCGUUCAAAGGGCCCAUCAUCGCCUGCAGGGCUACCAAAGAGCGCUGAACUCGCCCACGAACUCUCACAUUAUGUCCCCAUUUGCAUCCACUGCGGCAUCGUAUUAUGCUCGCUACAUAACCCUGCCCUCCCUUGCCCCUCGUGCUCGAGUCCACUUUUGCCUCCUGCGACCAGAAACGCGCUCCUCCUCCAGCUCCAAGAAGAGCUCGCCCUGCAGAUUCGUAAAGAAGACGAGAAAAUAGCCGAGGAAAUGAGGAUAGCAAAGGAAAUAGAACUUCAUAACAGUGGUGGCGGCAAUUUCCCUACUCUCACAGGAAAACCCGACUCUAAGCCCGCGCAAAACCUUCCUAGGAAAGUCAUUAGCAUUGGUUCAGGGAAAAAGGCCACCGUUUCAACAUUUAUAUCCGUCCCUCUCCAUCCGUAUCGACUCCAAAUAGUGGAAGAACUUCACCAGUUGAAGAGCGAAUACCGCCGCCACCACAAACGGCUAUAUGCAUCGAGCUAG